ACGGAGCAAUAAUAUCCAUGGUCUACAAAAUGUGUUAAAGUGCCGGCUAACAUAUUCUUCGAUUAUUUUGUAUAUCUCCGUAUUGUUAAAAAUGGCUAUGUUGUACGACGAAUUUAAACCACUCGUAGAUCUGGUUCUAAACAAUUGGACUGCUUUGCAAUUGGCUAUAGAUCAUGGAAUGGGUUCCAGUGGACCGAAAACAGGUCAACUCGUAUCAGACUACAUAACCCGGUACUGUGUUGAAAACUUGGGAGGAGACGUUGAUAACCUUACUGAAGUGUUAGAAGACUUGAUGGAUGAAGAAUUCGAUACUGUGUGUGAGGAUAAUUCACCUAAGGAAGUGGCAAUAGUACUGCUACAAUACUUCACACUACUCGGAGAGGGUAAACGAGAUGAAUUACAAGCAAGAAUUGCUGCAAUGCCUGUUUGCCAAAAGGGACUGAGCCAAAAUGUUAGACAACCAAUGAAUCCUGGUGAUCCUGACGAUUCAGACAGCAGUAGUGGAGAUGAACUUAAUGAUGCACCUACAAAUGGCACUGUACCAUCAUUAGUUCAUAAUCAACAACCAGAACCUGAACCAAUGGAUGAAGAUGCAGACCCGGGCUGGACUGUAGUGAGAACUAGGAGAAAAAAGUAGUGUAGUCUGUAAAUUUUUUUAUGUUA